AUCGAUGAGCCACAGUACCUCCAAAACUUGAAUCUCUGGCUUGAGAUUCUUCGCUUUCGCCUGCGUUUGGAUGGCCAACAAGGUGUCAUGGACGUUGUUGAAGCCUUCGUACGCCGUCAAGUCGUCUUACCUCUACGCGGCCCUCAAGCUGAUCAACUCUGGUCAAUUCUUCUCUGGUCCGCCAUCCAAUACCCGCAGAUGCUUCGCCUUCUCUAUCCCUAUGUCUUUGAUACUCUUCCUCGCUCUGGCUUACUCGACAUUCGCUUGUACCAUCGUAUUGUAGGUCCUCUGUUACGCCAGAAUCCCAUGUUUGCAGUCAAGUGGCAUAAGCGAAUGCAAAUGGAUGGCCUGCUGCCUUCCGACCACGUUUCCGUUCUGGCCCAUUUCGUUGAAGAUGUCUGCAUGAGCAACCAUAAGCCGAAGGCCAUCGAAGCAUUCAAGAAAAUCUACACCUCGCUUAAGGUCAAAUAUGCUUACGACGAAUGCAUGCUACACAUUUGUCGUAUGCUCGACUUUCCUGACGCCCUCGAUAUGCACGUUUUCUUCGUUCGACACGACGACAAACCAUCGCUGUCAAUGAAGUCUACGCCUGUAAUCGCUCAUUUGAUUGAGCACACUUGGCUUGCCAAAUCUGGCAUGAAACCGUCUUACGAGUUUCAACGCAUAAAGCCAAUCGAGCUUGAUACCGCACAUGCUGAAGUCAUGCCUGCUUUUACACGCGAGAACAUGAGCACUCUCGUUGGUGAUGUGCACAACAUCAGGGAAAAGGAGCUCAACGACGCUUUUUGCGCCCGUCUGUUCGCCACAACAGCUUUUUCCACUGAUUUGAUCAUUACCGGGCUACGUAUGCUGGGCUUGAAGGUCGUGGGCAAUCUAGCUCUGAGAGAAAUCGCCGCGCGCGUAUCUCAACCACUCGAAUACGUUGCCACAGUUGAUGCCAUCAGGAAUGCAGGCAUCUCUGUUGUCGACUCAGUAUUCAGUCGCGCGCUGCAAUCGUUUGCUAAACAGCCAGGCAAACACCGAAGUUUUGAGUUUUUAGUGUCGAGCGAUCAACACCCAACGGCAUAUGAAGAUCGCUCUCUUCAAAAGCAACUCUUUGGUUCCUUCCUUGCAUCCGGAGACCACACUCAGGCAAACGCCGUUCUCGACGUCCUCACAGUAGACGAAGCCGAGCCUCAAACUUAUCAUGCAAAUCUGAUCCUGCAGGCGUAUUCCCGGCGUGGCCAACGUGCAUCGAUCCUUCAGAUACUGCAUGAAAUGCGUCUACACCGAAUCCCGGUUUCAGAGGCGUCCUUGCGUACCAUUCAAUGGACGACGUUGAGGCCUCGACUUCGGUCCAAGAGACCUAUCACACAGGAACACCACAAGUACAAAGACGACCUGGAUUUCACUACCAACAUCUUCCUGGAGACCAUGCGUACCGGACAAUCAUUCAAUCCGGUCAGAUGGCAUGAGAACUUAAAGCGAUACGGAAUGGAGAAUAGACUGGAGGCUCUUGAGAGAUUGUCAGUUUGGUUGGCUUUGUGGUAUUCUGGCCGCUCUGACAAAUCAUCACUUUUUGCAUCCUCAGCUGUGGGUGAUCCAGGGGUCGCCAAGAGCCUGCCUGGAGCACUAGACGAAGGCGACCGGCAUCCCCUGAAUACCAUAUUCACACCUCAUCUUCUUCGUGCCAUGGUUGCAUGGGGUUUUAAAAGCGAAGUAUCGUCGCCGGAGUCCACAACCACGGUGCGACUGGGUUCAGAAGACUUGGAAGCCCAGAGUAAGGAGACCGAGGGAGCUGCAGAUGAGUCUUUUAAUGGAUGGACCAGAGGCCUCGUGCUUGUUCGCAAGCUUCAGCGCUUUGGUGUCAAUCUUAGAGGCACGGAAUUGCGAAGAGAAGUCAAACUUCGACUCUGGACCCUAUACGGCCCGGGUAGAUCUACCGUGCCCCUCAACAGACAAGCUCAAAGGAUGAACAGACUCUCCUUGGUGGAUCGAGUCAAUCACAUACACCGAAUAAUGGGCACCAAUUGGCUCAGACUUCCUCCAGAAGUCCGAGGCCAAUCUGACGUCAGCCAGUGGACAAUGUACCGGGCCUUGUUUGGUCAGCCUAGAAGAAUG